CAUAAUAAAUAAUCAAAAUGUUACUAGAUAUCCGGGAAUUGUAUUUAUCUGGGUAUUUUACUAAUUUUAUAACCCGUACUGCCAACGUAGCUCGUUGAUGUUCUAUUCGUUGUGACCGUCUUCCUCUGCCUUUCGUCAAUGGAAUCAUUAUAUCAAAAAGCGAACAAAUUGUUGAUGGAAGUUCAGAGUCACAUAUCAUCUCUAGGGCACUCGUAUUUGCCUCAACUUGAGCAGGAAAUUGAGGGUAAAUUAGAGGAGUUGUUCUCUGAUAUUCAGAGGUUGGAGCAGAUGGUCGCUAAAGAACCACCUUCCAGGAAGCAGAGCGCCAAACUACGAGUUGAACAAUUGUCAUAUGAUUGUCACUAUCUACAUAGUACUCUUAGGACAUUCCAACAGAAACAGCGGCUCAAGGAAAAGGAAGAGCACAAUAGGAAUGAAUUGUUGUCAAGGAGAUUUACAGCAAAUAUCUGUGAGAUUUGAUUUCUUGCCAGUCACAUGAUAUGUGGAUUAGGUGCCAAUAAAAUCUCAUCUUGCAAGAGACACCAAUAGCUAAGUCUGACUCUCGAUCAUGUGUGACAGACAGCUGUUGGAAUGUUAAUUCUUAAUGAAUUGGGCUGAUAUUUAAAGCAACUGUAUUGACAGACAGACAGACAGACAAGUUAGUUUUAACGCAGGGCCUGCGGGCUUGUUUGUUUAUUUACAGUUUAGUGUGAUUGUACUAGUUUUAAUGUAUGAAAUAUAUGUAUUAAGACAGACAAUCAAACAGACAGACUGACGGACAGACGGACGGAUAGACAGGCAGACAGACAACUGACAGACAGACAUACAUACAUGUUUACAGACAGACAUCGAGCAAUUGUGAUUAUGGCAAGGAACUGGACAUCCAAGGAUACCAUCUAAUCACUUGUAAGACUGGCGGUGGUCCAGUGCACACUCACAACUCAACUUGUCGCACAAACUAGAGCCACAAUACCGGUAUGUCAACAGUGACAAGAGGUCAGACAUCCUCGUUUAUGACCCAGAUUCAGGUGCAGACAUUGAAUUAGAUGUGUUGUUGGCUCAUCCAUGGUGUUUGGACUCAGUGAAGGCAGCCUCCAGAGAAGAAGUAGCAGCAAUGAAACGGGAGAAGAAAGAGGCAAAGUUUAAUUCUGAGCUGCUGCCAGAAGGUCCUGCCCAUUGGUCCUUCCUCUUGCUUCAAACAUUUUGGCCGUUGGGGUGAACAAGCUGGCAAAGAGUGCAAGAGAUGAUGAAGGAAAACAAAAUGAGACCGACUUCAAGAACAAGUGGUGAUCAAUCAUUUCAGUGACACUACAACAUUGCAAUGCAAAAGUUGUCUUUGACAAACUCAUUAGCAUAGCGAGAUUAGAACAUCGAAAUGUAUUGUACUCAGUGUAGUUUGUAUGCUUUAGGACAGUAAUGGUCUUGUUGUGUUAGUGUUAGGUUGCUCAUGAUGUAAACGUUUGAUAAUGGAAAAUAUAUGUAUUGAGACAGAAAGAUGGACAUACAUAUACAUACAUA